GUAUGUGAAGGUGGAUAAAAUCUGAAUAAAUGAAAAAUAGUUGGGGGGAGUUCAAUUGACGAAAGUACCCCAGAAGCGAAUAUGGUUUUCUUUUCUGUCUAAAUACGUAAUUCACCCAUAUCCUCCACUUUACUAGGUCCAAUUCACGGAAAAUCCUCCGACAGAGCCCUUUUUGGUAAUUUCCCACUCAAUCCAAAUCCUCUUUAUAUCAAUUUCCCCCUUUCUUGCGUCUUCAUCCUCUGCGGGUUGAUUGUGCCUCUUGCCGAAUUCUCUCAAUUACCUUCCUCUCACCCCCUUUGGAUCGUUAUAAAUCUUUUCUAAUUCCUUUCAGAUAUUGAAUCACACGUAGUUUUUUUUUUCUUUAUAUAUUUAGAUUGAUUAGUUUUUUGAAUGAUACAUAAUCGAGUACAGAACAGAAUAAACUUUAAAAGAAGAAGAUGAAUAGGGGAAGAUUGAAUAUUUUUAAGAGUCAAAGAAUAUAAUUCUAAUCGGAUAUCCUUUUCUUUGUUUUCAGCGGAUUUUGAGCGUUGGUUUUGUGUUUUUUAAUUUUCAAUCCAUUACGAAAUUCGCAAUUUAGGGUUUUUUGGGUGUUGAUUCUGACGUUUUCAUAGAGUAUAUAAAUAUAAUUUUUAUUGUACGUUUGAUAAACGAUCAAUUAUAAUUGGGUAUUCGUAUUAUUUGGAAAACAGUUUUUUUUUUCUUCUUUUUUGAUUUUGAUUUUUGCGGCAAGUUGAUUUUGGUGGGGGUGGUGGAGCAUGGAUUGCGGAGUCUACGCGGCAACAGGAGACCCGUGGUUGAUGAUGGGUAGCAGUGGCUCCGGUGGUGGUGGUGGUGGCGGUGUAGGCGGGCAGAUGUUGGGUGGGGCGUUUAGCCACGAAAGCGAACAUGAUUUGGCAGCGAUGGUUAGUGAUUUCUUGGAAAACGGGAGUAGUUGUGGCGCCGAUUCACGGUGUAGUAGCGACAGCGAUUCCGGUUUCUGCGAACUCGCUCACCUCGCCGACAAGAUUUCGUACUACAAAGUUUUGCUGGAUAAACACGGGAUUGACAUGCUGUCAGUAGUUAAUUCUCUCAUCCUAUCAAUCAAUACAAUGGACCUUCAUUUUAUCAGAUCAGGUUCAUGUUCAUGUAACGCUAGUUGCAUAAGGUUCUCUCUCGUCAAACUUCUAAGGCUCUCAGGUUACGAUGCUGCCGUCUGUACAUCCAGGUGGCAGGGCACCGGAAAAGUUCCCGGAGGGGAUCAUGAAUACGUUGAUAUUAUAAAUUACAAUGAUUCGGGCAACGUUGACCGGUUAAUCAUUGACAUUGACUUUCGAAGUCACUUUGAGAUAGCUAGAGCUGUUCCUUCUUACAACAGGAUUCUGAAAUCGCUUCCUGUUGUUUAUGUGGGAACAUUAACAAAACUAAAACAGUUUCUUCAAGUUAUGGUUGAGGCUGCAAAAUCAUCCCUAAAACAGAACUCAAUGCCGCUUCCACCUUGGAGAUCCUUAGCCUAUCUGCAAUCCAAAUGGCACUCCCCUUAUCAACGACAUGUAAACCCAGAACUGGAAUCGGAAUUGGAAUCGGAAUUGUUUUCCGGUUCCGGUUUUGGUUCUGAGCAUAAGUUAUGCAUCGGGCACCUGAAUCGGCUCAAGUCUUUGAUCCAAUUUGAGAUGGAAACAGAGCGGAAUCAUGUGAAGAAACCGAAUCCCACGAGCCGAGUGAAGAUUGUAAAGAGAUUUAUAAAGUGAGAAUGGAAAUAGUAAAGAGGUAAAAUGGUAAUAACUUAAAACCCAUCAAGAUGGAUGCUUUUUUGUUGCCAUCGGAGGUCCUGAUGGGAUAUAUGGUAUACUUGUUUUCUUUGGUGUUUUUUCUCAUUGAUUUUUUUUUUGUGUUAUUUUUAUAGGGUUUAUUUUUUCAUCUCUUGAUGAUAAUCUGGAUCCUCAGUGUUUUGUUAUGUGGAUCCUAACAAGUUUUGCUUUGUUUUGUUUUUCAUUUUGGAAUUUGUUUGUUUUGGUGAGAUGUUAUUAGAGGCUGUCUGGAUAAUGUUAUAUUCUUUAAUUUAUAGAUGAUAAAAAGUUUAUUCUAUGGAAAUAAAACUCUGAAUUUGUUCCUUUU